GAAGUGACAGCAAUAAAUCUAAAAGCACAUUUUUUAUAGAUACGUCUAAUACUCUCUUUUUGAACAGAACUGUGUAAUUUUCAAUAAUUUUCCAAAAAAAAAGAUACAAAAUGAAGGUAAAAGUUAUCAGUAGAAAUCCGGAUGAGUAUAUGCGGGAAACUAAACAUGAUAUUCAUCGUCUAAAACGCAAUUAUGAUCAAUCUCUGCAUCCAAUGGAAGGACCACGUGAAUAUGUACGAGCUAUGAAUGCAACUAAAUUAGAUCGAGUUUUUGCUAAACCAUUUAUUGGAGAUUUGGCUGGACAUCGUGAGGGGAUCACAUGUUUUGCCAAAGACCCAACGAGCUUGUCAUCGCUUACUAGCGGUGCAUAUGAUGGUGAGAUUCGUGAAUGGAAUUUAAUCACUAGAAAAUGUCGUCGAGCAUUUGUAGCGCACGAAGGUUAUGUACGUGGAAUUUGUUAUAUUCCAAAUCGUACUCUGAGUGACAAACAGUUUCUCUCAUGCGGCGAUGACAAAGUGAUAAAAUUAUGGAAAAAUGCCUCACAAAGCGAAUUAGAUGCAGAAAUUGAAGAACCAAUCACUACAUUAUUGAGCCGAACAACUUUGACUGAUAUUAGCCAUCAUCAAAAAGAGAAUACGUUUGCAACGUCAGGUGAAGUUUGCUCGAUAUGGGAGCAUUCACGAAAUGAACCAAUUAAAACAUUCAAAUGGGGCGUUGAUACUAUGCACGCAAUCGCUUUUAAUCCAAUUGAAACAUCUUUGUUGGCCACAUGUGCCAGUGAUAGAUCAAUCAUUUUUUAUGACAUGAGAGAAGCAAAACCAUUGCGAAAAAUUGUUAUGACUUUGCGCGCAAAUCGUUUGAAAUGGAAUCCAAUGGCUGCAUUUAAUUUUACUGUAGCAAAUGAAGAUUAUAAUUUAUACACGUUUGAUACGAGACGCCUUCAAAAUCCAAUAAAAAUUCACAAGGAUCAUGUGAAUGCCGUUACUGAUGUUGACUAUUCACCGACCGGCAAGGAAAUUGUUUCAGCCAGCUACGAUCGUACAAUUCGAAUCUAUAAUAUUGAACAAGCCCAUUCUAGAGAAAUUUAUCACACAAAACGCAUGCAACAUGUGACAUGCAUUGGAUGGUCACUAGACAACAAAUACAUUUACAGUGGUUCGGAUGAAAUGAAUAUUCGUUUAUGGAAAGCAAAUGCAUCUGAAAAAUUGGGAGCCCUUCGACCACGUGAACGUGCCAAAUUGGAAUAUAAUGAAGCAUUGAAAGAGAAAUUUUCUGCCCAUCCACAGGUUAAAAGAAUUGCAAAACAUCGACAUGUUCCAAAAGGUGUACUCAAUGCUACUAAAAAGCAUCGCAUUAUGCGCGACAAAGAAAUCCGUAAAGAGCAUAAUCGACGUGUUCAUUCCACUCCUGGUACAGUACCAUUUGUAUCAGAGAAAUCGAAACACGUUCUUAAAGAGGAGAAAUAGAUGCACGAUGAUAGAUUAUGUAUUAAGUAUAUAGUUCAUAGUAUUUUUAUUAUUUGAAAUGACAUUUAUGUUUAUUACAGAUAUUUUUGAUAAAAAGUUAAGCCGUUUUAUUAAAUUAAAUCUUAUAUUUGUUAUUUCCAAAAUAA